UCCUCCCCCCUGAAGCUCCGCAGCUCUCCGCUCAGGCAGCCCAGCAUUAGGCGACGAGGAGAGGACAGAGCGAGGAGCUGGUGUGGACGCUGGCCGGAUGGUUAAAUCUAACCUACAGACGAUUUUGAAUAGUCAUUGUUUUGUUAGAGAAAAAGAGAGAAACUUAUCCGAAAUGCCCGUUAUCGAGCAGUCCAGUAAUAAACCUGAAAGUGAAAGUAUCUCCAGUCCCAGGAGGUGCUCCCGCUGUUGCAGUAACCCGUGUCCGGGGCCUCUGUGGUGCUCCGAUGCCCCUCUCCCACCCCUGAAGAUCCCAGGUGGGCGAGGGAAUGACCAGCGGGAUCACAAUCUUUCAGCUAAGCUAUUCUAUUCUGAUGCUCAGUUGCUGGUUCUUGAGGAGCCUCCACCUGCCAACAGCAGAGUGCGAUUCUUGCUCUUUGAGCCCCGUCGAUCCGAAGGCAAGCACUGUGUCUGGAGGGCGGCGCUGAAAGGGGGAAACCUUUACGUUGAAAUCCCUCCUGGAGCUUUGCCCGAGGGCAGCAAAGACGGCUUUGCGCUUCUGCUGGAAUUUGCAGAAGAGCAGCUGCGGGUUGAUCACGUGUUCAUCUGUUUUCAUAAGAGCCGUGACGAUCGAGCAUCCCUGCUGCGUACAUUCAGUUUCCUGGGCUUUGAGAUUGUGAGACCGGGUCAUCCCCUCGUCCCCUCCCGCCCUGACGCUUUCUUCAUGGCUUACAGCAUCGAGCGAGACUCCUCCGAUGACGAUUAAAUGACGCUGAGCAGUUACAGAUGUUUGUUGUUCUAUUUGUUUUUUUUUCGAUCCACACCCACACAUCUUUAUAAUUUCUGGAAAUGAAUAUAUUAUCCAAGGUUAGUAUGGUCGAGGUGUCCUGUCAGAGGCUCCUUUUUUAUCUUUUGUUUUACCUACCGUGUGCUGUGUUUCAAUGAGAUUUGCACUAGGGUAAGAUGUUAAUAUGCCAGGAAUGUAAAGCAAACGCCCACAUAAUACCUGGGCGAUGCAUCCUCACCACUGUAUUACUCUCCAUGAUGUGUAGUGCUGACUCUGUGUUCACCCUUCCUGAACCCUGAUCAUCUCCACAGUAUAUUUAUGAUAAAUUGAAAAUCUUACUCAUGUAAGUAGAUGUGUUUUCGUAGUAAUUAUCAAUUGAUUCUCCUGUUAAUAUAGAUUUUUUUAAUGUGUGCAUGAUUUUUUGUUUUGAUCCACUUGAUAGAAAUCUGCAUGUUGUAACUGUACUAAAUAAAAGUGCUCACCUCA